GGAAGGGAGGGGAUGUGGGAGGACCUUCUUUCCCGGCUGUCACCACCCACUGCGGAGAGUUGGUCCCCGGUCGGUGCCGGAGCUCUCCCUGGUGUGACUUGACCUUGCCUUGGUGAUGCCACGACCCGACGAAACCACAGCGAGCUCGGGCUUUGCGGACACUCACUGUUCUCGUAUGAGGUUAUCAGCGACUGUCUGCCAGGGUUCUGUAUUGCUGUUACACCCUGGCCAGGAAUGGACUGUUCUGUUCGCCCCAGUUAUUUUGAGAGACACAAUAAUGAUUGUAUGCCUCCCACCCUCUCUCUGGAGAUCAGUGCAGAUGCCCAUGUCCGGGGAUAUGUUGGAGAGAAGAUCAAGUUGAAAUGCACCUUCAAGUCAUCUUCGGAUGUCACUGACAAACUGACCAUAGACUGGACAUACCGGCCCCCCAGCAGCAGUCGCACAGAAUCUAUUUUUCAUUACCAGUCUUUCCAGUACCCAACGACAGCGGGCACGUUCCGAGACCGGAUUUCCUGGGUUGGAAAUGUGUACAAAGGGGAUGCGUCCAUCAGCAUCAGCAACCCCACUCUGAAGGACAAUGGGACGUUCAGCUGUGCCGUGAAGAAUCCUCCAGACGUGUACCACAAUAUCCCCCUGACAGAGCUCACGGUCACAGAAAGGGGUUUUGGCACCAUGCUGUCCUCGGUGGCCCUACUCUCCAUCCUCGUCUUCAUCCCCUCGGCAGUAGUGGUAGUUCUGCUGCUGGUGAGGAUGGGGAGGAAGGCAACGGGGGUGAAGAAGAGGAGCAGGUCUGGCUAUAAGAAGUCUUCCAUUGAAGUUUCUGACGACACUGACCAGGAGGACAGCAAUGACUGCAUGGCGAGGUUUUGUGUCCGCUGUGCAGAGUGUCUGGAUUCAGACUAUGAAGAGGCCUACUGAUGAAGUGUGUCUGAUGGAAGAAGGGUUACCUAACAACAGGAAAUAUCCGGUUCCCCUGGCCAGAAGUGCCACUGGCGGGGAUGGCAGUGACAGAAGAUUCUGAAGGUCAUUGGUGAAGACUUUAAGGACCAUUUAUUUAUUGAAGAAGUGUUCAUUUUAUAUUUAUAAACUGUUCAGAAACUUCCAGAAGGGACUCAGGCCUUCCCUUUUUUUUUUUUAACACACUUGGAUGGAACAAAGAAAUUCUUGUCUUGAACAGAAACACACCCCUUGGUUUACCUUCGCUCUUGAAGGUAGUUCGUGUUUUCUUCCAGUUGCCUGAAGGAGGAUACUAAACAUCUGUCACUCUGCUGAUGCCAAAAUUGUACUUUUUAAUGAUGUGGAGCUUGUAGUUUCCCGAUGACGUGCCAAUGAACAACACGCUUGUUUGGGACAGGUAGCCUUUGCUUCCUCACGCACGUCUUCUGUUGCAAGUAUUCAGUGUGCGUUAUGUGAUUUAAUGGUCAUCAGUUGUGUUUGCAGGACCGGGAGUAUUUGACCCCAAUUUUUUUAGAUUCAGUAGGCUCAUAAGUUGUCGACUAAUUUUAACGGGGUCCUUUAAGUAUUAAAGUGUUAUCAAUGUACAGUAAGGAAGCAGAUUUUGAGGUAGAAGAGUCUUUCUCGUGUGUCUUGCUAGGUACACUUUGGGCCAAAGAAUCUUUGUUAUUUUGUGUUCCUGCGGCUGACUAAUUUGUGGUUUCCUUCUUCGUUUUUCAAGUCAGAGGCAAGAAAUGCCUCUGAAGAACGUUUUUGGGGGUGACUUAUGAAAAUAUUUUUGUAGUCCUUUCCUUAAGUCUUUUCACUUUUCUUGUGUUGUUGUUAUUUAGAGCCUUUCUAGCUCCAGGUUGCACCAGUGAUGGACACAUUACGGCACCUGCAAGCUGGUUUUCUCAGUACAGAGAUGAGGAAGUGAGGUUGCGCAGGGCAUCACCCCUCUCUUCCCUCUGUGCCUUGUAACCCACACCUCUGCUCUUUAUAAAUUUUAAUUUAUAAUAAGUUUUCUAUAAACCAUUAAGAUGCCCCUGACGUAUCAGGGAAGACUGGCGGCAUGUGUGCAAACAGCCCUCUCUAGAGAGUGACAGGGCUCAUGGCUCGAUUGUGAGAGUCACAGAUGACCCCUCCCCCAGCCUUGCUGGUUUCAACAAGCUGGUUUUCUUCAUGGUUCUUCCUAAAAUGGCUCAGGAGGGCUCCAUGUUAGUGUUAUAUACUAUGAAGCUUAUAAAAGUCAUUCUACUUACCACCAAGAUCUUAUUCUUGGGAAGCUGGGAUUUUAACUCUUAAAAGAUUUGUUAAUCUAGCUUGAUGACUCAUGAAUCUGAUUCUCUGAUAAGCACUGUGAUUUACCUCUGGUCAUGGGGGCCCCCAGAAGAAGCAGAGGAGGACCUGGCAUUUUAUGUCACUGGUAGCUAGAUUCCAUGGGUCUCUGGGCUGCUUGUUAGAGAUGUGGUUGUCUGUGGCCGCUCCAGUGCGACCCUUUUCUGACAGAUAAUCAGAGAGAAGAAACCUUUCCGGCACCAAGCAUAGACAAUUGGGCUCCUGAAGAUCUGAAGAGAGUGAUCCAGUUAUGAGGGAGCAUGCUGUGGACCUCACUGCUCUGUCAGAGGUGUGACAAGAACCCAUUUAAACCAUUAUCCUGUGAAAACGGGGGACCAGUUUUGUAUUUUGGGAUUUUUUUGCAAGUGUAUUGUGAGGCUUUGUCUUGCUCAGAAAUUGGUGAGUUAGGUAAGAUGAUCGAUGCCUGAUGAACACACACACUGUUGUGAAAUGGUUCUUCCUCCUUUAAAUGACAGACCAAUGAAGCCUUUCAUUGUAAGGGAGUAAGUUAGUAAUUUUAUUUGCUCCAUGGGUUUGCGGUCGCAUCCCAGGCCAAGGCUGCCUUCUUCACCCUUACACUGAGGUUUGCAAUAUAACUUUUUGAUCCUAAGGGCAAUAAGGCGGUCAAUGGAACCCUGCCUUUAAGAAUGAAUGUAAGAUAAAGGGUUUUUGUUUGUUUGACUUACUGUUUUAAUAUCUUCUAAGGUGCCAUUCUUAUACCUUUGUUUUUUCCUUUCUGCUGCUCUGUGGGCUCAAACCACAUGAUAUUAUAUCAUUGUUUGGAAAGAGAUUUAAGUCUUUCAUUGUGGCUGUAUCACCUUCUGAGUUUUAUGAUUUGGGCUCUUAAAAAUGUUACAAAAUGUGAUUUUAUAAAGUACUCUGUUUCCCCCGUGACCUGUGGCUUCAGGCUACUUGGGAACAUCUUAACUGUCUGCGGCUCCUAAGUCAGGCAAUGGUGCUUCAGAAAGGAAAGUUACCCCUCCCUGCCAUGUGCAUGUGUGUGUGUGUGUGUGUGCGUGUGUGUGUGUUUUACAGCAACAGAGAACCCGGAGGCCAAAUCCUGAACUAGAAUGUUCUAUCAUCACUGAGCUCCCGUUCUGAAGAGGGACUCUAAGAAGAUCCAUGGAGUGGCCCGAGACUCUUAAUUACCCAACUCAAAACCUUCCUUUUGGAAGAGUCCACUCCGGUGUUGAACUCUUCACGGCUGUAUCUCAUUGACUUUUAAAAUCAAACUAAAGUUUUUAUUUGUUGGAGGCAAUGAGCUGUAAGGCUACGCGCAUUGACCUUGUGACUCAUGGAAUCUUUACUCCGCUGUAGUUAAUAAACUUCUUUGCACUUUGCGGCUA